GCAAUUUCGAAAGGGGAAGUUUUUGAGGCAAGGCUGCGCAAAUCAGAGGCGGAGGGCGGAGGCAGCAGGCCGGCCCCUGCGGGAGGGCAGCCUCCGGGCGACUCCCCCGACGGGGUGGGAGGGAGAAGGGGAGCGUGGAGGGCGGAGAGCGGGACUAGCCGCCCGGGAGAAGCAGCUGCCCCGCUUCCCCCCUGGAGGGUCCCCGCAGGGGGCAUGGUGGGUGCAGGAGUCGCCCUGCCCUCCGCCUGCGGGAAGCCACACCCUGCAGCUUAGAGCCCAAGCAGAGAAACGGUACUUUCGACGAGAAAGCCCCGGGAGGGACGGAGCACUGGACGGAGCCUGCGCACGCCCGACGUGGACGCGCAAAGGACCCCGUCGUUCUCACUUCUGGGAAGUCAUAAGUGAUGAGCAUGGAAUUGAUACCACGGGAAACUACCGCGGAGACUCACCACUGCAGCAGGAAAGAAUUAAUGUUUAUUUCAAUGAAGCAUAUUCCCACAAGUAUGUUCCUCGUGCUAUCUUGGUGGACUUGGAGCCUGGAACGAUGGACAGCGUGAGGUCCAGCAAAAUAGGCCCACUCUUUCGACCCGAUAACUUUAUUCAUGGAAAUUCUGGCGCCGGGAACAACUGGGCAAAAGGCCAUUACACUGAAGGGGCCGAAUUGAUUGAAAGCGUGAUGGACGUCGUGAGGAAUGAGUGUGAGGGCUGCGACUGCCUGCAGGGCUUUCAGCUGACCCAUUCCCUUGGUGGUGGGACUGGGUCUGGAAUGGGCACCCUUCUGAUCAACAAGAUCAAAGAAGAAUACCCUGACAGGAUCAUGAACACCUUCAGUGUAGUACCAUCCCCCAAAGUUUCGGAUACCGUCGUUGAGCCAUACAAUGCCAUAUUAUCCAUCCACCAGCUGAUAGAGAACACGGACGAAACCUUCUGCAUCGAUAAUGAAGCCCUCUACGACAUAUGCUUUAGAACGCUGAAGCUUCCCUCGCCGGCCUAUGGGGACCUCAACCACCUGGUGUCCCUCACCAUGAGUGGCGUCACCACCUCCCUCCGCUUCCCUGGCCAGCUCAAUGCAGACUUGAGGAAGCUGGCGGUCAACAUGGUGCCUUUCCCUCGGCUGCAUUUCUUCAUGCCAGGCUUUGCGCCACUUACAGCCCGGGGCAGCCAGCAGUACAGAGCCCUCUCUGUCCCAGAGCUCACCCAACAGAUGUUUGAUGCAAGGAACAUGAUGGCGGCCUGUGACCCGCGUCACGGACGCUACUUGACGGUGGCAUGCAUCUUCCGAGGCCAGAUGUCUACCAGGGAGGUGGAUGAGCAGCUGCUGGCCGUGCAGACAAAGCACAGCAGCCAGUUUGUGGAGUGGAUCCCCAACAAUGUCAAGGUGGCCGUGUGCGAUAUUCCGCCCCGUGGCCUCAAGAUGGCGGCCACCUUCAUAGGGAACAACACAGCCAUACAAGAGAUCUUCAAGAGGCUGUCUGAGCAGUUCUCAGCCAUGUUCAGGAGGAAAGCGUUUCUGCACUGGUAUACCGGAGAAGGGAUGGAUGAGAUGGAAUUUUCUGAAGCUGAAAGCAACACUAAUGACUUGGUGUCCGAGUAUCAGCAGUAUCAAGAUGCCACAGCCGAUGUAGAAGAAUAUGUGGAGGUGGAGGCAGAGGCAGAGGCAAGCCAGGAAGAAGAAGAAGAAGAAAAGGAAGCUUCUUAAAAAUAAGAGUGAUGAUUGAAAGGAAUGCUGAUUGUUACCGUCAGUGAGGUGGCUGGACUUACCUAUGUUUCUAAAAUAACCUUUUAGUCUACUUAAUGCAGGAGCAGCCAUUUUUGUGCAUUGAACCAAAGCAUACACAGCCACAAUGUUGGCUGCAAUGUCUCUUUCUGAGAAAAUCCUCCUACUGAAAGCCAGUGCUAUUUUUCUAGAAAAUAUGGUGCUGGAGCUCACCAUGAACGCUUCCCUUGUUCUCUUAUAAUGGUAAUGGCGCCCACCUGAGAGGUGCCGGAACUGAGUUCCAGUGAGUUCCAGCUGGGGGGGAAAAAGCCCUGCUGAAAUCUGUUUAAAUUAAGUAUUUCUUCUGAAUUAGUGCAUCUAAUGCAAAUAAGACAUUUUAGACCAGUGGGGAAAAUUAUACCAGCAUGCUGCCUUAAAGGACAUAUCCCAGGGCUUCAGUUGAUGGAACAGAUUACAAAGGAUGACACGGUGACCGACAGCAGCAAAGUAGUUAAGGACAGACAAAAGGCUUCAAUUCCCCUCUGGUCAGAUGCAACCAUCCAUGGUCCUGGAGGAAGUUGCACACCUCUGUCUGCAUCAUAGACACAUCAACCUAGUUUAAUGGAGCCUGGAUGAGUACCCUGAUGAAGAUGUUCGGCAGGAUCAGGGUGACUGUAAUUUUUGCCUUUCUUGUGUGAGCAUCCUCUUAUGCACAUUUGUCAGAUGAGUUUGUUAAUUACCAAGGAAGGUAUUCAAAUGUACAUGGCUGUUUCUAUCAUCAUUCAUUAUUCUGACCAGUGUUAUGUUCUUACUGGGCAUAUUUCUACACCAGUGAACUUCAGUACAACAGCAUGCUUACAUACCUUGUAUUUGGAGUUUUGUGAUGGGCAGCCGAAGGGAUGUGGCCUGAGCCCCACAGCAGCACAAUGCAGAAUGGCAUUUGAUUCCAAGGAACAAAAAUGGCAGCUCCUUAGCUGACUUGCACUUUAGGUGGUAUUACAGCUAUGUUAACUGGACAGCUGUUUUUAAAUUUCACUGAGUCAGGCCUCCAAUCUAUAAUAUGAGGAAGUAUGUAAAGGGAUGAAAUUUCUGAUGAAACCAGAAAGGUCCAUCAAGUAGUCCAGGAUUGUUUGUUAACCAACUAAACUUAUUUAAAUUUAUGUAUAAAACAUUUCUUUACUGCCUUUUGACUCUAAAAAUAAGAGCCUCAAAGGCUGUUUACAACAAUCAAUAGCAGGCAUAGGCAAACUCGGCCCUCUAGAUUUUUUGGAACAACUCCCAUCAUCCCUAGCUAACAGGACCAGUGGUCAGGGAUGAUGGGAGUUGUAGUCCCAAAACAUCUAGAGGGCAGAGUUUGCCUAUGCCUGAUCAAUAGACUCAGCUCCUAUUAAUUUGUCCAAUUCUUUUAAAAGCCACCCAAGCUAUUGGCUAUUACCAUGUUAUGAUCAGUUAAUUUAACAUGCUCUGUACUGUGUAAAGAAACACGUCUGUCUACCCUAACUCCAACCACUAAUAUUAAUGUAGGAUUAAUAUGGCUUCAUUCCACCACUGAAAUCAAAGAAUGAAUUACUUCCAUGGGAUCAAGAUUGGCUUACCCUGUAAAUGGCAAACAGAUAUCCAUUUGAACUAGGUGCAUAAGUGGUUUAAGAAGUAGUUAGCCUGCAUGUAUUUUAAUUAUACUUAAAUAUUACCAGAACAUGUAUUAUUGUAAUAGGUUUUAAAUAGCUAUAUCUUUGCUUAUUCUUAAAUGUACCCUUGCUUUUAAUCAAGCUAGCUGAGAAUCCUAUUAUACCUGUAAGAUUUGAAACACGUUUAUAGUGCACUCGAGAUACCAUUUUAUGAAUCUGAUGAAGGCUGCAGUCCUAUGCAUUUUUACAUUAGGAGUAAGCUCUACUGAACACACAUGGGGACUUACCUCUGAGUAACAGUGACAUGACUGCAGGCAGCAAGUGUAUAUAAACUUGUGCAUGGAAGAAAAGCCAGAAAAUGCAAGGAGCAAUAGGCUAUCCCAUUUCCACCCAGAACACACAUGCGCAUACGGAAGUCAACAGGGGUGUUUGUGUAUCACAUUCAACAAGUCAACAAUCCAUAGACAAAAAUAGUUGGCGCUGCAUACUCAUACAAAUAUUCACACUCAGUGAGUGUAGUCUGUGUUCACAAUGGCUGAGCUGUUACAAACCACAAAGUCCACUGUCUCACAAACAUGUGUAGUCAGCCUACACUUGAGUUCACUGUAGCAUGUGAACAAGCCAACUGCACCUUAGAAAGCAGUAUUAACACACAUGGAAAGACAAUAGUUCCCUGUAGUAAAAGAUUAUCCUGCAAUUUUUCUGUUAGCCUUAAAGAUGCAACUGAACUUGCUUUGCAAAGACUAAACAGUUACCGGUGACUCUUCUGAAAUCAUUCCUAGUAACGAACCUACAUUUAUUUAGAAAGUCCCUAUGACAUAAACAGCAGCACUGAAUGAAGCUUUGCUGCCACCCAUACUAUUCUUUCCCAGGAGACAUUCAGAGGGUACCAGCUAGACUUCCAGUUUCACUCCACAUUAUGGAGGAUCUUUAUUUCAGAGUCUCAUUGCUUUGGGGCUGUAAAGUCCAGUAUUUACAGAGGAUUGUUUUGAGCUUUUUGUGCAAAUUUCUCUUGAAUGUUUAUGCAAAAUGUCUAAUUCCUUUAUUUAACUGGUUUUACUAAUGGGGGGUGGGGAGAUGCAGAGCUGCGAGCAUUUUCUCCAGCGUGAAAGAGAACAAGUAUUUAACUCAGCUAUCAUUUUACUCACCAUAACAUUUUCACUAUAUAUCUAUUUGUUCACUGCAAGUACUAUGCAAUACCAAAUAAAAAGCGAGCUAAAACUUGCAUUUUUAUCCAG